UAUUUUAUAAAAUAUACACAAUCUUAAAUCUACCCCCAGAGUCAUCCUUGACUAUACCAUGAUUCCUUGUUUAUUUUAUUUGAGUUAUAAUAUUAUGCUACUUAGACCCAAUGAUUACUCAACAUUCCUAGGAACCAGGUUUAAUUGCAAUAAAGAAAGUAGUAUUUGGGUGUAAUAAAACUUUUAAAAAACUCUAAAAUUCUAAUGUAGUUAAAACUGGGUGGAAAUACUGCCUUAGUUGCACUUUUUUCGGUCCUCCAAAACUAGGGUCCUGGAAAUGCGUUCCUGGGACGGCGGUUCUCCGGCUCGGUAGGUGGCGCUGUCACAAAAAAACUAGGGUCCUAGAAGUGCGGUCCUACAACUGCGGUCCUGAAAGUGCAGCCUCCGGUAUUGCAGACUGAUAAUAUUGCACGUACGUGUGAUUUAUGAAACAUUCGUAUGCCGCCAAUCCCAUCCUACGAAAGAUCGUACGUUGAUAAAUGUGGCGGAAGAAAACAAUCGACGUUUGAAUAUCACGCCCCUAAAAACACCCCGGUUUAGAAGCCUCACCCCUAGAGUUUACAACACGGAGAAACGUAACCCGGCCAAAAAGAUAUUGGCGUGGAGUGAUGGGGGACUGGAGUCUCUUGGGUAAUUUUCUGGAGGAGGUGCAGGAGCACUCCACAUCAGUGGGGAAGGUGUGGUUGACCGUGCUGUUCAUCUUCCGUAUCCUGGUGCUGGGCACAGCGGCAGAGUCAUCAUGGGGCGACGAGCGGUCUGACUUCAUGUGUGACACACUACAACCCGGUUGCACCAACGUCUGUUAUGACCGAGCUUUCCCCAUUGCCCAUAUCCGCUACUGGGUGCUGCAGAUCGUCUUCGUAUCAACACCGUCCCUCAUCUACAUGGGCCAUGCCAUGCACACCGUCCGCAUGGAGGAGAAGCGGAAACGGAAGGAGCAGGAGGAGAAAGGUGAGGAGGGCAAAGGAGAGAAGCAAUAUUUGGAACAGAAAGAGAAAGCCGAAGAUGCAAAGACAAAGAUCCACCUAAAGGGGGCGCUGCUGCAGACGUACGUCCUGAGUAUUGUACUCCGCUUGGUCAUGGAAGUGACCUUCAUUGUUAUCCAGUACAUGUUGUAUGGAAUCUUCCUGCAUGCUCUGUAUCCUUGUAACAUGUCACCUUGUCCCAACCGUGUGAAUUGUUACAUGUCCCGUCCAACUGAGAAGAACAUCUUUAUUGUGUUUAUGCUGGUGGUGGCGGCUGUUUCAUUGCUACUAAGUGUCCUAGAACUGUACUACCUUGGAUGGAAACAUUGCAAGCAAUGCCUUCGAAAAUACGCUGAUAAACAAGCCAAUGAUGUCAAAAGCAAAAACACCAAGGUUGGUUCUGUAGUCCAACACAGCAAGACAAGUAUUCCAAUGGAUCUGCCUGAGAUGGCUCAGCCGCAUCCCUCCCAAACCUGCACCCCACCCCCAGAUUUCAACCAGUGCCUAGCAUCAAGCCAAGGUCCAACAUCACCCCCGCAUCUUCAUCACCACCAUCUACAUCACAUCCACCAAACCUGCCAACCCUUCACCAACCGCCUGGCCCACCAGCAGAACUCCGUCAACAUGGCCACCGAGCGGCAUCAUCACAGCCACGAUGAUCUGGAGCCAACCGUGGACUUCCUGCAGAUGAGCUACGAGAGCCCUGAGGCUCGAGUACCGGGUGAGAUGACACCCAGCACCCCCUCCACACCAUCCUCCCAACCAGGCUGCUUCAGAGACAAGCGCCGGCUUAGCAAGACUAGUGGUACUAGUAGUAACCGAGUCAGACCAGGUGAUCUAGCCGUGUAGUUUGGGUUAAAGGACCGUCCCGGAGGAUAAGAAGCUGGGAGUGUGUACUAGCCUUAAGAUGAGAGAUAUGGAUGCGAGGGGUAUGCAAGCUUGUGUGUUUAUGAGUAUUCUUGUGUGUUGGUACUAUAUGGGAUAUUUCAUUUAUUUGGGAUAUGAAAGGCUUAAAUAACAGCAUGAAUCAGAAGAUAAUGGGAAUGUGUAAGUCAGAGAGAGAAUCUGUAUCAGAGCAUUUAAUAUGGUUUCAUUGAAACUGUUGUUGUAAGUGUAUGUAGAUUUUUAUAAGGUGGAUCAAAUAAUCCUGAAUAAAAGGGUGUUGAUAUAUUUAGAUGAAUGGAUGGAUGGAUGGAUGAAUGGAAGAUGGAAGGACUACUGAAAUAACUUUGCAACAUUUACAAGACAGUACUGGGUAGUUUUGCACACUGAUAAGGUUCAUAUUGUAAGAAUUGUUUUAUUUAUUUAAUUUUUUGUUUUUUGCAAUUCAAAACACUCCAAACAAACACUUUUUUUGAGCCAAAAAGCAAUAAAGCACUUAAACAUAUCUUAGUAAAGAUCAUUUAAAAAAAAGUAAGUAAUAAAUGAAAAGAAAAAAAAAAGUGUGAUGAUUUUAUUAAGGUUUAUGAAUUUUAUUAGCAAUAAAUGACUACAGAAUUUAUCUUAUUAUGCUACAAAUUUACUAAAAUACAUGUAAAAUAAAUAACAGAAUUCUAUGAGGUAUCCUAUGAUAUACUUUAUAUUUUGAUCAACCUACCAUUGAUGCAGAUAUGUGUGAAUUAUUAACGCACAACUUAUUUGUUACAGUAGUGAACCUAUAAUGAGAUAUCAAAACAGAGGAACACUCAAAUCAGUUUGAUAUUCAGUUGAUAUUAAAGAUUUGGCAAAGGCAAAACAACAACAAUAUAAAACAUACAUAGGCCAAUUGAAAGUGCCUUGAAAAGAGUAGAUCAAAAAGAAAAGAUGGCAAGAGCAAUCACAGCUUAAAAUAUCAUAAUUUGAUAAGGCAUACACAAUUGCAUUUAUAGUCUGAAAACAAUCUUUUUUAUUAUUAUUAAUGGUAAGCAGGGUUUGUAUUUAUCAAAGCAUGCACUUUCAUUGAUGUCUGCAAUAUGUCUCAUAAAGUGUCAAUGAAAUGAUCUGUUGGUGUUCCAUUCAGAAAGAUGAUUUACUGUCACUGACCUUUCGAAACAUUGUUUAGUCUUCUGAUGUAGUCAUCUCUAUUUCUUUAUAUGUAAUACUUAAUAUUGUAUUAGUGUAUGGAGUUUUGACAAUUAAAAUUUUUUUUAUGAGAAAUGUAUGACAAAUGAUUAGAGUUGGUCUAGGUAAUCCUUCUUUCACAGUUAAUGACAUCUGAGUUUUAUUUCACUUCAUUUUUCAUAUUUGAUUGCGGCCACACAGUGUCUCCUCUGAUCUGUUUACAGCACACAAUAAAAAUAUCCCAGCACUAAAGCAUGCGUGACGAAAUUGUUUUUCUGCACAUAAUAAAAUUAAACCAGUAUUUUUACACCAUUCAUAGGCUACAUUACAACCCUUAUAGUUGCAGCUCUCACCCUUUUUCAGUUUAUUGUAGCGAUAUUAUUUCGCAAUAUUAUUUGAAAUAUAGUCAUUUUAAUGUAGGCUUUAUUCAGUUUGUGAAGCUGGCACAAAACCUGUAGUCUCUUCACACCCACAAACCGAAAUGUCAUGCUUUAAAUAGCCCUGAAGUCGGGGUUGACUCCAGCACUCGUCGACUCUGUUGCUGUGCCAGAAAUCGCUCACUUGUUCACUGAUUCUCUAAUUUCCAUAGUGCAUGGAAAUUGAGUGCAAUAUAUCAACAAGGAGUGAACAAAAUAUAGCGAAGAAUUCACUGACAUAUUACACACACGGUGCGUCACAGACCUGGAGCUGUUGCAGAAACAACUGCCACAUACUUUUAUCCUAGUAGCUACACCUAGCUUACUUCAGAAAUAAAUAACAGUCAUAGAUAGUCACAUUUGUAAUUAUACCUCCGUGCCAGCUUUGUAGUAAUUAUUAUUAACAAAGAAUAUACAAAACUAAUUCCUGUAAUUGAAAAUUAAAUUACAGGUUACAAAAUCAGGAAAACCUAAGAAUGACAUUGUGAAGGGCUUUGGAGUUUCUGUGGAGAGAGUCCAGACAGGAUUGAUUUGAUUGAAAAAAAAAAAAAAAAAAGGGUCAAAAAAUAUUGGUCCUUAACAUCUUUAUCAAAGUUGCGAUGACCAAAUAAAACACCUUUAUACCUUAUAUCUAAACCACUAGAUGUAUGGAGUUUCUUUUGUGUCUUUUUUUAUUAUGGAUGGCACAAAACAUGGCUUAGCACUUUGCAAAACAUUCGCAUUUCAACGUGCAGGUGUUUAUUUGUCUGAUCUUUGACGCGAUCGCGCGCAGCACUGCAAAGUUGAUUCUGUGCUUACCUGAUCUAAUAUUUUAUGUUAUUUAAAAUGUUGUAGAUUUAAGCAGCAAAUGAGAAUCGCUAAAAUUAAUGCAUAUAUUUUGAGACAAAGGUCUUCUUAACAAUUCUCAGUUUUGUUUAAGAUAAUUAAAGCAACAGUUUUUAAAUAACGAAAGAAUAUGUAAAAAUAUGGUAUUUUGAGUAAAAAGCGUCCCUGCUCUGCUGUUGGGGCUAAAGGCGCACAACGUGAUAAUUAAUAGAUCGCCGACUUCUCCAUUUGUUGACAUGACAUGGUUAGAUUCAGAUGGUAAAUAUCAUUUAUUAUGUUGUUAUAAAUAUAAUAUAUAUUAUGUAUGUGUCCAUAUUAGAGAUAAUCACCAUGUUUAGAAUGAAACCAUCAUAUUUAAAAACAUGAUAUUAAUCAUAUCAUAUAUAAUAAAAUAUAUUUUGUUGUUACUGCUGUAAAUAUAUUUUCAAUUAUUAUUUGAUCUCCUUCAAUACUUUCAGAAUAUUUACUUAUUAAAAUGAUUUUGUUUCUGUAUAUUAAAAUAUAUUUUUUAUAUGAACAUAUUUUAAUGACAAUGUAUUUAUUGAACACAUUUUUUUUUUUUAAAUUAAGCAGAAAACAGUACAAACUUUGCUGAAGUGAUUGUUUUGAACAAGUAUUAACUUAGACAUUAUUAAACAAAACAUUUCAGCUGAAGUAUUUGUAUCAAUACCGUGUGCCUU